AUGGCCUCCCAGCUUCUCCCUCUCGAGCUUAUCGACAAGUGUGUCGGCUCCCGAAUCUGGGUCAUCAUGAAGGGCGACAAGGAGUUCUCUGGAACUCUCCUCGGAUUUGAUGACUACGUCAACAUGGUCCUGGAAGAUGUGACUGAAUUCGACUACUCCGGUGCCCAGAUUAAGCUCCCCAAGCUCCUUCUGAACGGCAAUAACAUUUGCAUGUUAAUCCCUGGCGGAGAGGGACCUGGAGGCAGCGCAUAA